AUGGAGGCAGGCAGCGCCUCCCGGCUCCAGAUCCACCCGGCUUCCCUAACCGAAGCAGGUCCCCGGGUAAGUGGAAGAGCUUGCGGGCGCGCUUCCGGGCAGUCCCAGCCCCCUCCCCCAGUCCCGCCGUGGGAGCGCGCGCCCGUCCAGUCCCGUGCCCCCAAGGGCGCUCCCUACAGCCCCGUGUCCCCCCUUGGGCCCUCGCGCCCGUCCAGCCCCGGGGCGCACUCCACUGACCAGUCCGGCCCCGAGGGCGCGCGCUUCCUCCCAAGGGCCAGUGGAGGGUGGGGGGACCCGGAGCUCGAGCGCCCAACGCCCGGGUACGUCGAUGGGGGGCGGGAGGACAGUAACCGCCGCUGUAACGGACUCGCGUCCAGCCCGGGCCAGCCCCCUCCCCAUCUCCGCACGCCGGGGCAGGGCGACGGAGCAGCCCGGCUCCCCGGGCGCACUCAAACCCUCCCCCCUCUCUGGGGCCAAGGAGGACGCUCGUCCGGGUCCCCUCAGGGGCUCUCGGCUCUGAGCCGACUCUCCUCUUCCAACUCCGACGCUCGCCCCUUCGCCCCCGCCCCGCUCGCCGCUCCGUCCCCUCCUCAGUGGCCCGGCCGGAGUCACGCACCUGUGUUCGGAGUGGGGGCCCCUCGGCAGAGGCGCUUCGGCUCCGGCCGGCGGCCACAGGGUGGUCACCCCACCACAAAACCAAAGUCGCCGCCGGCCGCUCAACAGCGUCUACCAACGGCGCAUGCGCGAGCAGCGGCACGCGACGACGGUCGCUGGGCUCGGGCCCCUGGGGGCUGA